AUGCCAGCCACUCUCCCGCUCGAACUUGUCCUCGACAUCCUCCGUUCCUACAUCCAGCGUGACUUCUUCGACGAAGACUGGUCGCCCUACCACGCCCGCCUCGCACCGCUCUGCCUCGUCUGCAAGGCCUUCAAAGACGUCGUUCAGCCCGUUCUGUGGUCCUAUCUUUCUCCGACCGCUUUCGAAGAUCCCGAGUCGUUCUUCGGAGCGAAGAGCGCCGUCCGUCACCUCUUCAAGCACGUCAAGGGAUUCGCAGCAGACCGUCUCUACGACUACAUUGUCGGGCGCCGGCAGACAGGAUUCAAGCAGGCAGGCUUCCUCAUCGUGCAACACGCCCUUCGCCAGGUCGAGACCGUCCGCCUGUGCAAGUGCGACGCCUCCUUGAGCAGCAUUGCGGGUUUCGCGGCACUGCGCUCUCUCACGCUCGAAGGCCACGAGAUUUUCAACGUUCAGGAGGAGGUCGUCUUCCCGCACUUGCAUUCCCUUUCGCUCUUCGACAUUCGCGCCUUGGAGGACGGCUACAUCUCGGAUCUACUCAGCCCUUCAGUCACACCCUCGCUGCGUCAUCUCUUCGUCGGCGAUAUCUGGAUGGAAGGCGCUCGAAGCAGCGAGGCGUACCUCCCGUCUGGCGAUGUCGACCUCAGCCGCGUAACGGUCGUCGAGCUUCGACCGGCCGAAGCCUAUGCCUUGCCGUACGACUUCUGGGAGCCAGCCGGCUCCUUCUCGCCCGACGCUGCGGUUCUCAUCUCGUGGGACGCCUCGGAUGACCAGUUCUUCUUCGACGAGCCUCCCCAUCCGUUUCCGACCUACUUCCAACUCGUCGUACCGCCCAAAGCCAUCGAAGGCCAAGCGCGCGAUACUUUCGUCAAGCUUUGUCGCUGCCUCGGAAAGUUUUUCGAGCCUGAGGCAGACUGCGAGGGCUUCAAGGUCGCCUUCCUUCCUUCGACCCUGCGCCACCCUGCCAACGUCCAUAAGCGCCUCCGACAGAGCGUCAAGGGUCUCUUCUCGGCCUGCUUGAAGGGCGGCGUCAAGGUCGUCUUCUUCCGCGACACCGACGAGACAAGGGGCACCAUCUCCUCGGCUUUCCUCAAGUACCUCGAACACCCUUCUCAGCCCGAUCAGAACCCGCUCGUUGUCGAGCUUCAGCAGCAGCGCGGAGCUAGCAGGAACAUGCUCUGGACUGCGUUGCCGAGCCAACACUGGGCGAAGAAGCGCAAGUAG